GGCGGCGAAGCGGGCGAAGAUGGAUCUAGCCUCGCCUCUCCUCUGGCUGCUCAGCGUGCUGCUGGAGAGCGUCGCCGGCCAAGGCGUCUACGCCCCGCCCACGGUGAGGAUCAUCCACUCAGGCCUGGCCUGCAACAUUGAGGAGGAGCGCUACUCGGAGCGAGUGUACACGAUCCGCGAAGGAGAGACGCUGGAGCUGACGUGCCUGGUGACCGGCCACCCGCGGCCACAGAUCAGGUGGACCAAGACAGCAGGCAGUGCCUCCGACCGCUUCCAGGACUCCAGCGUCUACAACGAGACCCUCCGGAUCGCCAACAUCCAGCGGCACCAAGGGGGGCGCUACUACUGCAAGGCCGAGAACGGGCUGGGCUCCCCGGCCAUCAAGUCCAUACGAGUCGACGUCUACUAUCUGGACGACCCGAUUGUGACGGUCCACCAGAGCAUCGGGGAAGCCAAGGAGCAGUUCUACUAUGAGCGGACCGUCUUCCUCCGAUGCGUGGCCAACUCCAACCCGCCUGUUCGGUACAGCUGGCGGCGAGGGCAGGAGGUGCUGCUGCAAGGAUCCGACAAAGGGGUGGAGAUUUACGAGCCUUUCUUUACCCAGGGGGAAACCAAGAUCCUGAAGCUGAAGAACCUCCGGCCGCAGGACUACGCCAAUUACAGCUGCAUCGCUUCGGUCCGGAACGUCUGCAAUAUCUCCGACAAGAUGGUCUCUUUCAGGCUUUCCAACAAAACAGCGUCUCCCUCGAUCAAGCUCUUGGUGGACGACCCCAUUGUGGUGAACCCGGGGGAAGCGAUCACUUUGGUGUGCGUCACGACGGGUGGGGAGCCGCUCCCGACUCUAACCUGGGUGAGGGCCAUCGGCCCCUUGCCCGAAAAGGCGGUCCUGAAAGGUGGAACGUUGACCAUCCCCACCAUCACUUUCGACGAUGCCAGCACCUACAGCUGCAUCGCCAACAACAAUGUUGGGAAUCCAGCAAAAAAGUCCACCAACAUCAUCGUCCGAGCCUUAAAGAAAGGACGCUUCUGGAUCACACCCGACCCUUACCAUAAAGACGACAACAUCCAGAUCGGCCGGGAGGUGAAGAUUUCUUGCCAGGUGGAGGCCGUCCCCUCCGAAGAGCUCACCUUCAGCUGGUUCAAGAACGGGCGGCCGCUGCGCAGUUCGGAGAGGAUGGUCAUCACCCAGACGGACCCCGACGUCUCCCCCGGAACCACCAACCUCGACAUCAUCGAUCUCAAAUUCACGGACUUUGGGACGUACACCUGUGUCGCCUCUCUGAAGGGGGGCGGCAUAUCGGACAUCAGCAUCGACGUGAACAUUUCCAGCAGCACAGUUCCACCCAAUCUGACUGUUCCGCAAGAGAAGUCGCCCUUGGUCACCCGGGAAGGGGACACGGUGGAACUGCAGUGUCAGGUGACCGGGAAGCCUAAACCCAUCAUCUUGUGGUCUCGGGCCGACAAAGAAGUGCCCAUGCUCGACGGCUCCAUGCAGAUGGAGAGCUACGACGGGAUCCUGAGGAUCGUCAACGUCUCGCGGGAGAUGACGGGCACCUACCGCUGCCAGACCAGCCAAUACAAUGGAUUCAACGUCAAGCCGAGAGAAGCCCUCGUGCAGCUCAUCGUUCAGUAUCCACCCGCUGUUGAGCCGACAUUCCUCGAGAUCCGACAGGGCCAAGGCCGGAGCGUCACCAUGAGCUGCCGGGUGCUGAGAGCUUACCCCACCCGGGUCUUGACUUUUGAGUGGCGGCUGGGCAAUAAGUUGCUUCGAACGGGACAGUUUGACGCACAGGAUUCCACGGAGUACACCAUCCGGAGCCUCUCGAGGGACAGUUACGGGGUUUACAACUGCAACGUCAUCAACGAGGCCGGAGCCGGAAGGUGCAGUUUCCUCGUUACAGGUGAGCUUUCCUUGGAAAUGCUGUUUCUCACAGCUGCAAGUGGAGGAGUGGGAAAUCAAACCCAGUUCUCCGAGAUAAGAGAGCUGUGGCUGACCCAAGGCCAUGCUGGUCACGCACGCUGGUGGGAGCAGGAAAUCGCGGUGAACGGGAAGAUCCAGAAGGGAGAAUUAAUGACCUACAACCUGACAGAGCUGAUCAAACCGGAAGCCUAUGAAGUGCGGCUGACACCAGUCACCAUAUUCGGAGAUGGCGACUCGACCAUCCGUGUGAUCAAAUAUAGUGCCCCAAUGAACCCUCACCUACGAGAAUUCCACUGCAGCUUUGAGGACAGCAACAUCUGUUUGUUCACCCAAGACGCGCAGGACAACUUCGACUGGACGAGGCAGAACAUUAUCCUCCGAGACACAAAGUACACCCCGAACACAGGGCCCACCGCUGAUAGGUCCGGCUCAAAGGAAGGAUUCUACAUGUACAUUGAAGCUUCCAGCCCCAGGAAGGAAGGAGACAAGGCCAGGCUGAUUAGCCCAAUUUUCAGCAUCCCUCCCAAGAACCCCUAUGGGCCCACAAACACCGCGUACUGCUUCAGCUUCUACUACAACAUGUAUGGGCAGCAUAUAGGAACCUUGAAUGUGUACCUGCGGUUAAAAGGUCAGACAGGACUCGAAACCCCGUUCUGGUCUUCAAGCGGCAACAAAGGGCAGCAGUGGUUUCAGGCCCGCAUGAAUAUGCAGCCAAACACGUCAUUUCAGGUCAUCUUUGAAGGGAUCCGCGGCCGAGGAAUGGAAGGGGAUAUCGCCAUCGACGACAUUUCAAUCGUGGAAGGGGAGUGCACAAAAUCAGACUACCAAAACAACCAUAUACCUUCUGGUGCUGUCAGGACGCUGCCACAUAUACGGAUUUUCCCACUUUUCCUGCUCAUGUCUGUCUUAAGUCAUCAGAGGUGACCUUAUUCUGGCAGAGGCUACAAAACAGACGUUCCACGCACUGGCAUGAAGAAAAAAAAAGAGUCUUUGUAAAACAAACAUUUUUAAAAAACAAAAAAGAAAAACUACCAAAGAUUCCUCCACUGACUGACUCAAAUAUGAAAAAAAAAAUGAAAAAUCAAACUUAAAAAUAUAUAUAUAUAAAAAGAAGGAUUGGAAGUUUAUUAAAAAUGAACGGACAACGAAAGGAUUUCGGGCGCGUCACCGUACCGUGGACCACACGCAGAAGCGAAGGGGAGAGAGACCUUCGGGUGCUUUUGCGGUUCGUGACGAACCGACGGAAAAAGGGUGGGGGGAAGAAAAAGAACUCCGCGUCCCUUGGAAGGACUCUUGUCAAAGGAGCUCUAGAAUUCCUUGUCAAAGCACAAAGUCAUGGCUUGUUUUGUUUCCAGUGAAUAGUUUGCUUGUCGCCAUGGUCACCCAAUGGCCUGCCAAAAGAGAGAUUUCGGUUUUUUUUAAGAAACCAAGAGAGAAAAAAGGAGGAAAGCAGAACCCCUACACCUCACUGUCAAACAGGGUACGAGAGGGGCUGGCGUUUUUCCACUUCCCCCCCCUCUCACACCAGGUUUUUUGCAUCGAGUUCAAUAGGAGUUGUAGGCCCCUUUUUCUGCCUCUCGCCGCCAGAAACUGGCCCCAGACACCAGAGCUGUUGAAGACAUUCUGUUUCAUUUCCUCAUGGCAAUGCUAGAUAGCAGUAUGCAGCCUCCUCUCUUUGCAUGCAUUACUUAAUCCCAGGACGUACAUACAGCGACGACGACACGGAUCUGUCCAGAGUUUGCUUGCGGCCACUUGAACACACCGAGACACCCCGCCCCACCCCUCUUUCCCGUCUACAAACCCCACCCCGCUUCACUCCCCUCCCCCCCGUAUCCCGUUCCCGAAGAGAUCAUCUGUUCGAACCAAGUGACGAAACCAAACUACCAUCUUUUUUCUAAAAUGCCAUGGAAACCAAGUGCCUUCAAUGAUAACAAGCCUGAGAAAAACGAAGGGGGGAAAGAUUUCAAAAAAAGAAGAAGAAGAACGUUGCAUGGCUCGGGUGUAAGUUUGCGCAAACUCUUUUUUCUUAAAAAAAAAAAAAAAGCAAACUACAGAGCAAAAUUGCAGGCCAGGAAAAACAAAAAAAUCAAAAACACAUAGAAGCCACUUAACAGAGAUGGACUGACUUGAACUGGGAGAUAAACCCUUCUCGGAUCACACCUGUGUUCUUUAACCUUCCCGACUGUCAUGGCUUGAGGAAACAGCUUCUGUUUAACGUUGGGAGAAGGGAAUGGCCCUUUCUUUUCAGGUUACCUAGAGGGGUCAGCUGGAGCCCUGGGAGGUUGUUAGCCAAGAAGGGGAUGGUUAAGAAACACAUACACACAAUCACACACACACACACACACGAGUGAUUUCUCUGACAUCUGUGCGGAAUGAGAUCGGGCCUGACAUUAGAAGAGGAGCGUGAGCGAAAGGAGAUUACAGUGCAUACGAGAAAGAAACAAAACUCUUGGCAGCGUGACACACACACAGAGACCAGCCGACCUGGUUCCAUUUCCAGACACGGAGAAGAUCGAAGGCCUCUGCUCUUUUAUCAGACUCUGUGCAGAUUGUGAAAUAUUAUUUUAUUAUUUUAGCAAAAUUGAAAAGAAAAAAAAAACACUUUUACAAAAAAAAAAAAUAAUAAAACCUGUUAAGAAUUAUUUUUCAGCUACCUGACUCCAUCCCAUAACUGUAAUCAGCCAGUUUUCCAAUACAGUGUAAAUUUUCCCCGUCUACGAGUCGGUAACGGAAAUUUGAAACCCCGGCCCCGUAAAUUAUCUCAGCUUUUAACUCCAUUAAAGAGAAGACUUUUUUUUUUUUGUUUAAGCAAGGGUUAUUAUAAUUAUUAUGACGAUCCUAUGUUCUUUCAGCACCCCAGGAUGAAAAAGAGGGAAAAAAUUCUUAUAUGCAAAAUAAUUCGGAUACUAAAAGGAGGGGGGGGUUAACAUCUUUGCAAAACGUUAAUAUUAAAAAGCACAAAGAGAUGCAGUCAACAGGAGCCUGGAUUUGUUUAUUUUUUAAUUCUGUAGAAGAAGAAAAAAAGUUUGUGCAGAUUCAGUCAUUCAACUGAAAAGAGAUAAUUUUACAAAUAUGUUCAAUAAAGCUUAUUUCCAGGUAAGGUAUGGUAAGCGA